AUGAGGUCACAAGGAUAUAAAAUUUUCACAAGACUAAACUCAACAUUGGGAGCUUCAACUACAAAAUCGCCGACUGGUAUAGUGUUUAUGAACAUGGGAGGACCAUCCAAGAAAGAAGAAACCUAUGAUUUUUUAUUAAGAUUAUUUCAAGAUGGAGACUUGAUACCAUUUGGGCCUUUUCAAAAACCGUUGGGUAAAUUCAUAGCAUGGAGACGUACUCCAACUAUAGAGGAACACUAUGAAGAAAUUGGGGGUGGUUCUCCAAUCAGAAAAUGGUCAGAAUAUCAAUGUUCAAAAGUGUGUGAAAUACUAGACAAAACACAUCCUGAAACUGCUCCUCACAAACCCUAUGUUGCUUUUAGGUAUGCUAAACCAUUGACAGAAGAAACUUUGGCUGAAAUGCAGAAAGAUGGAAUCAAACGAGCUGUUGCAUUUUCCCAAUAUCCUCAAUUCUCAUACUCCACAACCGGAUCAUCAAUAAAUGAGUUAUAUAGACAAACUUUAAUACAUGAUCCUGAGAGGUCAAUUGAAUGGUCUGUUAUUGAUAGAUGGCCACAACAAUUUGGUUUAAUACAAGCUUUUGCCAACAAUAUCAAGGAAAAGUUAGCAGAGUUCCCACCGGAAGUAAGAGACGAGGUGAUAAUUUUAUUUUCUGCUCAUUCAUUACCUAUGGAUAUAGUUAAUUUAGGUGAUUCAUAUCCAGCAGAAGUAGCUGCGACGGUGUAUAAAGUUAUGGAAACUUUAAAUUUCAGCAAUCCUUAUAGAUUAGUAUGGCAAUCACAAGUUGGACCAAAACCUUGGCUUGGAGGUCAAACUGAUAAAAUAGUCAAAAAAUUAGAAAAAAGGGACGAUGUUAAAGGAAUUGUUUUGGUACCAAUAGCUUUCACAUCAGAUCAUAUUGAAACUUUACAUGAGUUGGACAUUGAAUUAAACGAAGAAGUCGAAAACCCAGAAAAGAUAAAACGAGCUGAGUCUAUGAAUGGGAAUGAGAUUUUUAUUCAAGGCUUAGCUGACUUGGUAAGAGAUCAUUUAUCAAGUGGUAAAAAAUACUCAAAACAAUUAGAAUUGGAUUGUAUAUUAGGUGGGGAAAAAGCUACCGGAACAUUUAAACACCCAAGUGAAUUGUUUGGGAAGUCAAGAUAA